AAAAAGGGCAAAGGAGUGUUGCCUGGACGUAAAGAGCUUUACAUUGAUACCCGCACUCGUAAAGAUGAAACAAUUGUCAAGGAAAAGGCUGCAAGAUUGAUUGAAGAACUAAAAAAACAUAAUAAUGAGGCUGGAACUUCUCAAUCAACCCAAGACACACAAGGUUCUAUGUCUUGGAAGGAUGACAUAUUUUAUCAAGUACAAGGACCUGAUAAAAACGGACGUGUGCGAUGUAUGGGCAAGAUUCCUCAUUCUAAAAAAUCGAAGGUUUGUGCAUCUGAAAAUGAAGAGUUGCGCGAAAGAGUUAAAAAUAUGGAAAACUUGUUAGCAAAUGUGAUGACUUUAAUUCAAAAUCGAUUUUCUGGAGCAGAUGUUAAUGAUAUAAUACAAGCUGCAAGACAGGUUCCUGAUGCUACUAGUGCUAAAAACCAUUUGAAUUCACUUUGUCCAAACAACAACGAAAAUAAUGAAAAUGGUGAAGAUUAAAAGCUAAUUUGUUGUUGAAGAUGGAAUAUUGGCAAUUUAGUGGACUCAAUUUCUUAAUAUAUUUUGAGAUUGUUAUGUAUGACACAAGAUGACUAUUUUAAAUGUCUAUUUUUUGAGGUUUAGGGUUUU